AUGCUUAUUCUUCUCCAGCAAGAAGCUUCUUCUUCCUCUUCCUCCUCUUCUUCUUCUUCUUUUUCUUCCAUGGCUCUACAACUAAACCGAAACAUGUUCGCUAUUUUGAUUGAUGAAGAAAGCGAUGACCUGUCGAAAAUCAUCGACAAGUAUCUAGCAAAUCUCACGGCUUCUCCACCUCAGGAGAACAACAAGAAGCAGAAGCGGCAACCAAAGCAGAAACAAGAACAAGAACAAGCUGAGCUGAGUCCAGAGAUUCAAAAGCCAAUGCCUUUGGUUCUCCCUGAUCAUAAUGAGAAGCAGCAGCAGCAAGAAUUCAAGAAUAGCCAUGACAAGCAAGGCAGUGAUGAGUGGAUUCAGGUGACUAAAGGAUCCAAAAAUAAUAUUAAAAAAUAUAAGGAGUUGGUUGCUGCAAAUAAGAUUGUUAUGGUUAUGGGGGAAUUAGCUAAUGAAGCUGAGGAGACUGAUGUUGAUAGAGUUUUGGAGGAAAACCAAGAGGAAACCAACCUUGUGACCAUUGAGUAA